AUGGAACUGACUAGGGAAGACGCACCGGUGGAAAGUAAGAAUGGGAAGAGGACGGAAGGAGGUGGAGAGGACGCAGGAGGAGGUCCCAUCUCCAUGUUCACCUGGUUUGUGGCUGCUCUGCUGGGAGUCUGGAGCUCCGUGGCCGUGUCUACUUCGACAUCAGUGGACUACGACAGCCGUCAUCGAUGCAGGACUUUAAAAUGCGCUGGGCCUUCAUCUCCUCCUCUUCCUUCUCCAGGUAAACUGACGGCCUACGACACCGAUGGAGACGGAGACUUUGACGUGGAGGACGCCAAAGUUCUACUCGGCCUCUCCAAAGACGGCGGCGGCAGCGCCAACGCCGAGUCGCUGGAGGAGGUUCUGAAUAUUUUAGCAGAGGAGGGCUCUGAUUGGAUCUAUGGCUUCUUCACCUUCCUCCAUGACGUAGUGUCCUCACCGGUAGAGCGAGGAGAGGAGGAGGAGGAGGACGACGGGGAGGUUAACGGGGUCCUUCUGGAUCUCCACAACCAUCUCAAACCUUCUGACGUAUGUAUCCUCCUAGAAGGCAAGACGUUACAGGCCACCGUUGAAGACGUUAAACUGCCAAAAGAGACUGCAGGAGAAGCUGCUGAUAGAAAGAACACGACUCGAGGACUGAAAGAAGCAGCGAGACCAAACCUGGGAGAUUCACCUGAAGACAGAACAGUUUUAAAAACCAAAGAACCCGGCGAGCCUGAACCCAAACCGCAAGAUACAGCGGAGACCACAUCGUCUGAGAGUCCGACUGAGGAAACCGCAUCAGUCUCUGGAUCUCAGGAUGUGGAGUCUGAAAUCCAAGCUGCUGUUCCUCUUCCUCCACUGGAAGACAGCUUCAUACCAGAUGAUCCUGGAGACAGCAAAAAUCCGUCCGAGGAUGAACCGAUGGCGAUCGACACCACUGGAGUUCUGGUGGAGGAGCCGCCGGCCGAGCGGAGCGACGUCAAAACUGAAAAAUACGUGACGAGCUCCAAACUCACGCAAGAAGCAGAACCAGAACCAGAACCAGAACCACAGACUGAGAAACCCAAAGAGGCUGAAAAUGAUCCGGAGGCUGAAGCAGCAGAGAAACAGAGUGAAGAGAAGCUCAGAGAAAAAGCCAAGAAGAAGAAACCGAAACUCCUGAACAAGUUCGAUAAAACCAUUAAAGCGGAAAUCGAUGCAGCAGAGAAGCUUCGUAAGAAGGGGAAGGUGGACGAGGCGCUGAAGGCGUUUGAGGCGCUGGUGCAGCUGUAUCCAGAGAGCCCUCGAGCUCGCUACGGGAAGGCCCAGGCGGAAGACGAUCUGGCUGAGAAGAUGCGAAGCAACGACAUGCUGCAACGAGCCAUCAACAGCUACAGAGAAGCUGCUGAGCUUCCUGAUGCCACCGCUGACCUCCUGAGAGCUGCACUGAAGAGACGAGCCGAGAGACAGCAGUUCUUAGGUCGGAUGCGAGGAUCUCUGGUGACUCUGGAGAGGUUGGUUCAGAUCUUUCCAGAAGACAUCAGUCUGAAGAACGACCUGGGCGUCGCUCACCUAUUGCUAGGCGACAACAAGGGCGCCAAGAAGGUGUAUGAAGAGGUUCUGGCGGUUGAUCCCAGCAGUGGUUUUGCUAAAGUUCAUUACGGCUUCAUUCUUAAGUCAGAGAACAAGAUUGCGGAGAGUAUACCAUACCUGAAGGAGGGUUUGGAGUCGGGUGAGCCGGGAACAGACGACGGACGCUUUUAUUUCCACCUGGGCGACGCUCUGCAGAGGGUCGGAGACAACAGUGCGUAUCACUGGUAUGAGUUGGGUCACAAGCGUGGUCAUUUUGCGUCGGUGUGGCAGAGAUCUCUGUACAACGUGGACGGACUGAAGGCUCAGCCGUGGUGGAUGCCCAAAGAAACCGGGUAUACCGACCUGGUCAAGAUGUUGGAGAGGAACUGGAAGACGAUCCGGGACGAGGCUCUGGCUGUGAUGGACCAAAGCACCGGACGGUUUAUACCCGAAGAGGAAAACCUCCGCGAGAAGGGAGAGUGGGGCCAGUACACUCUGUGGCAGCAAGGGAGAAAAGUUGGAAAUUCUUGUCAAGGAGCCCCGAAAACCUGCUCGCUGCUGGAAAGAUUCCCUGAAGCUACAGGAUGCAAAAGAGGACAGAUUAAGUUCUCAGUGAUGCAUCCUGGGACUCACGUCUGGCCUCAUACUGGACCCACCAACUGCAGGCUGAGGAUGCAUCUGGGCCUGGUCAUCCCCAAACAGGGCUGCCGGAUCCGAUGCACCGACCAGACCAGGGAGUGGGAGGAAGGUAAAGUCCUCAUCUUCGACGACUCCUUUGAACACGAGGUGUGGCAGGAGGCCGACAGCUUUCGUCUGAUCUUCAUCGUGGACGUCUGGCACCCGGAGCUGACCCAGUACCAGCGGCAGACGCUGAGCCCCAUCUAGAGCCGACCAAUCACAGCAGCGGUAAGAAUCACGUGACAGGAAGUGUGACGGACUGACUGAUGGACUACUGACGCUGUGGAAGGACCCCGUCCACACCGGACCGUUGAUUUCUGGGUUUUACUACUGACUCCACCACAAACUCAACCCAUCGGUACUUCACCACACUCUGGAUUCUCACUCACAGCUCCGGACACAAACAAACAAACAAACAAACAAAGCAGCUCUUCGGAGACGAAACACUAAAGCGUGAUUUAGAACAGCUUCUGGAUGAAACAAAGGAACCUUCAGUUUAGCUCCUCAGUCCUUAGCUUCACUCUUCAUCACUUUUGCACAGAUGACAUGUAAGAAAAGAUGAUUUAUAUUUAUAUUAAAAUUAAAAAAUGCAAAACUUUGCAAUAAUAAAAACAUGUGUGUUUGGUUUUUAUUCCUCGUAUCAAACCAAAUUCAUCACAUUUAAUAAACUGCAAACUUCAGCGUUUUUAUUCACUUUCAGUAAAUGAACUAAAAACUGGUUUCAUUUUUGCUGAAAUUAUUCAGUGUUGUCAAUAAAGUUGAAUUUUUAUAUUUA